UGCCUCGCCUCACUGCUCUGUAUCGGUGGAUUGAAGAGCAGAUGGUGCCAGGCAUCUCCUUGUCGCGUGUGGAGAUUACGAAAUCAGCAAGUGUGCUUCAAGGGUUUAACUCGCGCGUGCAUCGCUCCGCUCGGCGCCGUGGCGAUCCCACAGCCGCCCAGCAUAACCCGGACUAUGGAGCCAACGACCCGGAGAAGCGAGCCAUGCUCGGUCGCUUGAAGUCGCAGUUUGCUCUCACCGCUGACGGCGUCAAGCACGUGAAUGUUCUCCUCGGGUGGCACGGAUGCGAUGAAGCGGUCACAGACAGCGUGAUAGCUUAUGGUGCCAUCAACUUGAGCAGCCCAAAAGAUCGCGGGUACUUUGGCUCCGGCAUCUACCUCACCCCGCAAGCUGGCUACGCUGCUGGGUAUUCCACCGGCCUGCUCAAAACUCAGUGGCGCCCACCAAACGCUAACGGCGAACACGUGCUACUGCUGUGCGCUGCCCAUGCGGGCCUUGCGUACCCAAUCACCCGCAGCAAGGACUACACGGGCAAGGUGCCCAAGCAGCAUCCACAUGGGCCCGAAUUGUGCGACUACUACGGGCAGCCGUUCGACGCAUUCCACGACACCCACUAUGUGCAGGUGUCCCAAGCUACCGAUUUCCAGGCCACGCCAAGGCCCGGCCGGUACGACUUUGAGGAGUACGUGCUCUCUCAGGAGAUGCAGUGCCUGCCAUUCGCAAAGGUGUUUGUCAAGGUUGACAGGGAUGCACUGGACACGUACUUGUUUGGAUAAGUGAGGAUGCUGGUGCUGCGGUCACGGCUUCCUUCCCUUCUUCCUAUGUUCCUUCUUGCCACUUGUUGUGAUUCUGUCGCUGUUCUGCUCGUGCUUCCGUGUUGUUGUGGUGUGGUCGUUGUGUCCUUACGUUCGUUGUGACAUGAUGCUGUUGCAUUUUCGUCCCUUUCUUGUCUUUGAGGUUUGCCUUGUUCACCUCGCACUUGACCCCUUGAGUUCCCGUUACGUCACACCUCCUCCUUGCCGGUGCCACAUCCUGUUCCCCUCAUCCUCGCUGCGUUUCACUUCUUUUCAUUGCGUUGUUUUUGUUUGUUGCAUGUCACCUCUUGUUGGUUCAGUAGUGCUCUGCCUGUGUGUGUGGUUUACUUUCGUUUGGUUACAAUCAAUACACACGCGAGCGAGAGAAAACCAAGUCUGU